GCCUUCUUUGGUGUAGACCACAGCAGGCUGCCUCGAUACUCACAUGCACUCUUUCAUUCACACACGCGCACACUCACACACACAGUUUCACUGCUGAUGUUUCAAAUCAGGUGGAGGCUGCUUUUUCCUCCAGCUUUCACAGCUCAGCUCUCACUCUGGGUUUCAGUAGCAGCAACAGCAACAGGACUGGGAAAUUUCUUUGCCACCAGCAGCCUUGCGAUUUAAAUAUCAUCCAUGGACAUUUCUGCCUCUGCUCCAGCAUCGUCAGUCUUGUUCACUGAUCGUGAGAUUAAGGAGCUUGGAUUCUCAAAGGCUCACAUCCAAGGGCACUGGCUGUUAACAUACUGAGCUACAUCUGCUUCUUGGUUAAGACUGAAGAAAGACAUCUUAAGCCUGGAAAUCCUGCCUGUGCUUGCUGUCUAGCGCACUCACACUCUCUCGCGCACACAAGGCAGCACGAGAGGCAUAUGCUGCAGCAGGUUCUUUUUCUGAUUCUGAAAGGCGGCUUCACUUUCUCAGAUCCAAGGACAAGAUGAUGAACUGAAAAUCUCCCAUCUCCGUGGUGGAAAAUCACAGGAAUCAGCUAUUGAAGAGCAAGUUAAUCAGCAGAAGGGUUGGAAAAGGACAGUGCUUGAGAAUUAAACAACCAAGCAGGGGGAAAAAACAGGUGGAAGGUUUGCAAGAGCCUAUUUAGAUUUUAAAGUGGGGAUUCCCCCUCCAUUUUUUCCUAUUCCUCUUGGCUUUAAUAAUUUAGCCAGACCAGCUUGCAAAACCUGUCUCCAGCCUCCUUCCUCAGCUGCUGGUGCUGUUACUCUUGCUGACAGAAGAAACGUGUGAACAAAGCAGCAGAAGAAAAAAUGCCAGCCAUCCUGGUAGCCUCCAAAAUGAAAUCCGGACUACCAAAACCUGUCCACAGUGCUACACCCAUUGUUCACAUCCCCACGGCAAGGACCGUCCCGCAGCCCUGUUACCUGAAGUUUGGAAGCAAGGUGGAGGUGAACAAACCAUCCUAUUCCAGCCAGAUACCCCUCAAGUCAUCUAAUGGCCAUGAGAAUGCAGGGGAUGGCUUUCCUCCAAAGAAGAGUAGCUCCAUAGAAAAUGGCUUUGACACACAGAUUUAUACAGACUGGGCCAAUCACUACCUAGCAAAAUCUGGCCAUAAGCGUUUGAUAAAGGACCUACAGCAAGAUGUGACCGAUGGAGUUUUACUGGCUGAAAUAAUCCAGGUUGUAGCAAAUGAGAAGAUUGAAGACAUCAAUGGCUGUCCAAAGAAUAAAUCUCAAAUGAUUGAAAACAUAGAUGCAUGCCUGAGUUUUUUGGCUGCCAAAGGGAUAAACAUACAGGGAUUGUCAGCAGAAGAAAUCAGGAAUGGGAAUUUAAAGGCCAUUUUAGGCCUUUUCUUCAGUCUGUCACGAUACAAACAGCAGCAACAACUGCCCCCCAAGCAGCAAUCACAGCACCAACCAUCCCAGCAGCCACCUACAUCUCCCCAACAAGUAGGUCCUCCAUCCCAGUGCCAGGCCGGAUUGCAGGAGCAGCAACUGCAGGUGUUUCAUCAGGUGCCGGAUUCACCCCAGACACAGUGCCAACCAGCACAGCAAACUCCUCUUCUUCAUUUAAAAGCACAACCAGAAAUGCAGUCCAGACUUCCAGGUCCAACCAUGAGGGUUUCAGCUGCAGGCAGCGAGGCAAAAACUCGUGGUUCAGUUAGUGCCAACAACCGGCGCAGCCAGAGCUUUAACAACUAUGACAAAUCCAAACCUACAAGCUCACCAUCCCUUCCAUCAAAUAGCAGUGAGAAAGAGCCAGCAGACAAUUCAGUCUCUCAGUCCACAGGAAUGAAUGAAAAUGCACCAUCUUCAGUUCAAAGCAGCAGUAGCAACAAUGCUGCUGGUUGCAAUAACUCUUCCGCCAUCCCCCAGCCCAGCACUGCUGUUAAACCCUGGCGUAGUAAGUCUCUUAGUGCUAAGCACACAGCCACGUCUUCCAUAUUAUCAGUUAAGCAGCCAGUUCUAGAGUCUCCAAAAGCCCCUCCAGAGACGGUGAAAACAACUCCCAAUGGCCAGAAAUCCAUGCUUGAGAAACUGAAACUCUUUAACACAAAAGGUGUCUCCAAAGCAGGAGGGUCAUCCCUUGAAUGUCCAGGGUCUCAAGACACUAGUUGUGAAAGACUAGAGAUCCUUCCUAGCUUUGAAGAAAGUGAAGAGAUGGAUGCUGCAAAUCGGAAUGUGAACAACCUGGGGCCAACAUCUAAUAGUCCCAAAAUUGCACUCAAGGGAAUUGCACAAAGAACUUUUAGCCGGGCACUGACCAAUAAGAAGAGUUCCCCAAAGGGCAGUGAGAAAGAAAAAGAGAAACAGAAAGAUAAAGAAAAGGAAAAAAACAAAGACACUGCAAAGAGAACAUCAGUAACGGAGAAAACAGAGGUCAAAGAGGAGCUGAAAGAAGAACAGACCCCACCAGCCACAACAGAGAUGCCAAAAAAGUCCUCCAAGAUUGCAAGCUUUAUCCCUAAAGGUGGGAAGCUGACUAGUGCCAAGAAGGAGGCUGCUCCUCCUUCACAAAGUGGAAUACCAAAACCAGGAAUGAAAACCACCACAGGGAAAUCCUCAAGUGCCCCCAGUUGUUCUGCUAAGGAAGGCGAGAGAAGCCGCAGUGGGAAGCCUGCUCCAGGUCCUUCUCAUCAGAAGUCUCAGCUAGACAGCCGGAAUUCCAGUUCAACAUCAAGCUUGGCCUCCUCUGAAGGGAAAGGGGUGGUAGGGGUGCCUGCUCUGACUACCAGCAGUAGCACCCAGGCUGUCAGUGGGCCAGCAAGUACCACACAGACCACAGGAAGCAAUACUGUGAGUGUUCAGCUACCUCAUCCACAGCAGCAAUACAACCACCCAAACACUGCCACAGUAGCACCAUUUAUGUACAGAUCACAGACAGACAAUGAAGGAAAUGUAACUGCCGAGCCCAGUACUGGAGGGGUGAGCGUGAGCAUGGAUUCUACCCCAUACACAAAAACGGGUCAGCCUAUUCUAGAAGAUCUUUCAGGGGAAGAUCCAGAAACCCGUCGACUGCGAACUGUCAAGAAUAUAGCUGAUCUUCGGCAAAACUUAGAGGAAACCAUGUCUAGUUUACGGGGAACCCAGGUCUCUCACAGCACCUUGGAGACCACCUUUGAUACCAACGUCACCACUGAAAUAAGUGGCCGCAGUAUUCUAAGCUUGACAGGAAGGCCAACACCCUUGUCUUGGAGACUUGGGCAGUCCAGUCCCCGUCUGCAAGCAGGUGAUGCCCCAUCAGUGGGUAAUGGAUAUCCCCCAAGAGCCAAUGCCAGCCGGUUCAUCAAUGCAGAAUCAGGACGUUACAUGUAUUCAGCUCCUUUGAGAAGACAGCUAGCAUCUCGGGGUAGUAAUGUUUGUCAUGUGGACAUCUCAGAUAAAGGAGGUGAUGAGAUUGAUUUAGAAGGCAUCACCAUGGAUGCUACGGGCUAUAUGAGUGAUGGAGAUGUUCUGGGAAAGAACAUAAGGACUGAUGACAUCACAAGUGGGUACAUGACUGAUGGAGGACUGGGCCUUUACACUCGAAGAUUAAAUAGACUUCCUGAUGGAAUGGCUGUUGUACGGGAAACUCUGCAACGCAACACCUCACUAGGCCUGGGGGAUGCUGACAGCUGGGAUGACAGCAGUUCUGUCAGCAGUGGGAUCAGUGACACCAUAGAUAACCUCAGCACCGAUGACAUUAACACCAGCUCCUCUAUCAGUUCUUAUGCAAACACACCUGCAUCAUCUCGUAAGAAUCUGGAUUCCCAGACUGAUGCUGAAAAGCAUUCCCAGGUGGAGCGGAAUUCCUUGUGGUCUGGUGAUGAAAUCAAGAAAUCAGAUGGGGGCUCAGACAGCGGUGUGAAAAUGGAGCCUGGAUCUAAAUGGAGACGGAAUCCCUCUGAUGUGUCUGAUGAAUCUGAUAAAAGCACUUCUGGGAGGAAGAAUACAGUCAUUUCACAGACAGGCUCCUGGAGACGGGGCAUGUCAGCUCAAGUUGGCAUUACCGCACCAAGGACAAAAACAUCAGCCACCUCAGGAACUUUAAAGACACCUGGAACAGGGAAAACUGAUGAUGCCAAGGUCUCAGAAAAGGGUAGAAUUUCUCCUAAAUCUGGGCAUGUUAAACGUUCUCCAUCAGAUGCAGGACGUAGCAGUGGUGAUGAAUCAAAAAAACCUCCUGCAAACAAUUCUAGAACAGCUGCUGCCAGUACAAAUACAUUUGGAUUUAAAAAACAGAGUGGGUCAGCUGUAGGAAUGUCCAUGAUCACAGCCAGCGGUGCAACUAUCACAAGUAGAUCUGCUACUCUGGGCAAAAUCCCCAAGUCAUCUGGACUUAUGAGUAGGUCGACUGGUCGGAAGACUAGUGUUGAUGGCUCACAGAAUCAGGAUGAUGGUUAUUUAGCCCUUAGUACCCGAACCAAUCUUCAGUACCGAAGCUUACCUAGGCCCAGCAAAUCCAGCAGCAGAAGCGGAGCUGGUAAUAGAUCUAGCACCAGCAGCAUAGAUUCUAACAUAAGCAGCAAGUCAGCAGGCUUACCUGUUCCCAAAAUGAGAGAGCCAGCGAAAGUUGCCCUCGGAAAUUCUUUGCCAGGCUUAGUCAACCAAACAGAUAAAGAAAAAGGAAUCUCAUCGGACAAUGAAAGUGUGGUCUCUUGUAACUCCAUUAAAGUCAACCCCACAUCUCAGGCCGUUUCCUGUGCAUCCCAGGGUGUUCAUCAGCAAGGAGUCAAGUACCCAGAUGUGGCCUCUCCCACACUACGCAGACUUUUUGGUGGAAAGCCAAGUAAACAAGCUCCCAUCACAACGGCAGAAAGCAUGAAAAAUUCUGUGGUCAUCUCCAACCCACAUGCAACCAUGAAUCAGCAGGGGAAUCCAGAUUCUCCUUCAGGAAGUGGCAUUCUGAGCAGUGGCAGUAGUAGUCCCCUUUACAGUAAAAAUACAGACAUGAACCAGUCUCCAUUAGCAUCUAGUCCCAGUUCAGCUCAUUCAGCUCCUUCCAACAGCUUAACCUGGGGUACUAAUGCCAGUAGUUCUUCUGCCAUUAGCAAGGAUGGCAUUGGAUACCAGUCUGUCAGCAGCCUACACACCAGUUGUGAAUCCAUUGAUAUAUCUCUCAGCAGUGGAGGUGGGCUGAGCCAUAACUCUUCCAGUGGUCUGAUGGCAGCUUCUAAGGACGACUCAUUGACUCCCUUUGUUAGAACCAACAGUGUUAAGACGACAUUGUCAGAAAGCCCUCUCUCUUCCCCUGCUGCUAGUCCCAAAUUCUGCCGAAAUACUUUACCCAGGAGGCAGGACAGCGACCCUCACCUUGAUAGGAACACUUUGCCUAAGAAAGGACUCAGGUAUACUCCAUCAUCACAACUCCGUAAUCAAGAAGAGGCCAAAGAAUGGCUGCGUUCACACUCUGCAGGAGGUCUUCAGGACACUGUUGCCAAUUCUCCAUUUUCUUCUGGUUCCAGCAUAACAUCACCUUCUGGCACUAGAUUUAACUUCUCCCAACUUGCAAGCCCCACCACAGCAGCUCAGAUGAGCUUGUCUAAUCCAACCAUGCUACGGACACACAGUCUUUCUAAUGCGGAUGGCCCUUAUGAUCCUUACAGUGACACCCGGUUCCGAAACAGCUCAGUGUCACUGGAUGAAAAGAGCAGAGCAAUGAGCCGUUCUGGAUCAUUCCGGGAUGGCUUUGAAGAGGUGCAUGGCUCCUCUCUCUCUCUGGUUUCCAGCACAUCCUCUAUUUAUUCAACGCCUGAAGAAAAGUGUCAGUCAGAGAUUCGCAAGCUAAGGAGGGAGUUGGAUGCAUCUCAGGAGAAAGUUUCAGCUUUGACAACACAGUUGACUGCCAAUGCUCACCUUGUGGCAGCAUUUGAGCAGAGCUUGGGAAACAUGACCAUUCGACUGCAAAGCCUAACUAUGACAGCAGAACAGAAGGAUUCUGAACUGAACGAGUUAAGAAAAACCAUCGAGCUACUGAAGAAACAAAAUGCUGCUGCUCAGGCUGCCAUUAAUGGAGUAAUUAACACACCUGAGCUCACCUGCAAAGGAACUGGGACUGCUCAAACAACCGAUCUGCGAAUCAGAAGACAACACUCUUCAGACAGUGUGUCUAGCAUUAAUAGUGCUACUAGCCAUUCCAGCGUGGGAAGCAAUAUAGAAUGUGACUCCAAGAAAAAGAAAAGAAAAAACUGGUUGCGUAGUUCCUUCAAACAAGCUUUUGGUAAAAAGAAGUCUCCCAAGUCAGCAUCUUCUCAUUCAGAUAUUGAGGAGAUGACGGAUUGUUCCUUACCUUCAUCGCCAAAACUGCCUCAUAAUGGCACAGUUGUUUCCACACCGUUACUGAGAACCUCUCAUUCCAAUUCCCUGAUUUCAGAAUGUACUGAUAGUGAAGCAGAAACAGUCAUGCAGUUGCGAAAUGAGCUAAGAGACAAAGAGAUGAAGCUGACUGAUAUCCGUCUUGAGGCCCUAAGUUCUGCCCACCAACUCGACCAGCUUCGGGAGGCCAUGAACAGGAUGCAGAGUGAGAUUGAGAAACUAAAAGCAGAAAAUGACCGCCUGAAAUCUGAAAACCAAGGCAGUUGCAGCAGGGCCCAGUCUCAGGUUUCUAUUUCAUCUUCACCACGGCAGUCUAUGGGCCUUUCACAACACAGUCUAAAUCUCACAGAGUCAGCUAGUCUUGACAUGCUGCUAGAUGACUCCGGUGAUGGUUCUUCUCGGAAAGAAGGAGGCAGGCGUGUUAAAAUAGUCAUCAGCUUUCAGGAUGAAGUGAAGUGGAAAGAGGAUUCUAGGAGUCGUCUCUUCCUAAUUGGUUGUAUUGGAGUCAGUGGAAAAACCAAAUGGGACGUGCUAGACGGUGUUGUUCGAAGGCUGUUCAAGGAAUACAUAAUUCAUGUAGAUUCUGUGAGUCAACUAGGAUUAAAUUCGGACAGUGUUGUGGGAUACAGCAUUGGAGAAAUUGUACGCACCAAUAGUGCAGAGACACCUGAAUUGCUGCCUUGUGGGUACCUUGUUGGUGAAAACAAUACCAUCUCAGUCACUAUCAAAGGCAUUGCAGAGAACAGUUUGGACAGUCUGGUGUUUGAGUCACUCAUCCCAAAGCCUAUAUUGCAGCGCUAUGUCUCACUCUUGAUAGAACACAGGAGAAUCAUCUUAUCUGGUCCAAGUGGCACAGGAAAAACAUAUCUGGCCAAUCGGCUAUCAGAAUAUAUGGUGCUUAGAGAGGGCAGAGAGCUGGCUGAUGGUGCUAUUGCAACAUUUAAUGUGGAUCAUAAGUCCAGUAAGGAACUCCGCCAGUAUCUUUCCAACCUUGCUGACCAAUGCAACAGUGAGAAUAAUGCUGUAGAGAUGCCACUUGUUAUCAUACUGGACAACUUGCAUCAUGUUAGCUCCCUGGGAGAGAUCUUCAAUGGCCUCUUGAACUGCAAGUACCAUAAAUGUCCUUACAUUAUAGGAACAAUGAACCAGGCAACUUCCUCAACGCCUAACCUUCAGCUGCACCACAACUUCAGAUGGGUGCUAUGUGCCAACCACACUGAGCCAGUAAAAGGUUUUCUUGGCCGUUUCUUGAGAAGAAAACUUGUUGAAACAGAAAUUGGUGGCAGAAUGAGAAAUGCAGAACUGGUUAAAAUCAUAGAAUGGAUUCCCAAAGUCUGGCAACAUCUCAACAAGUUCUUAGAGGCUCACAGUUCUUCAGAUGUUACUAUUGGUCCACGACUCUUCCUCUCUUGCCCAAUAGAUGUAGAUGGUUCCAGAGUUUGGUUUACAGACCUGUGGAACUACUCCAUUGUCCCCUAUCUUCUUGAGGCUGUGAGAGAAGGACUACAGUUGUAUGGAAGAAGAGCACCUUGGGAGGACCCUGCAAAAUGGGUAAUGGACACUUAUCCAUGGGCAGCUACCCCACAACACCAUGAAUGGCCUCCUUUGCUGCAACUGCGGCCAGAAGAUGUUGGAUUUGAUGGGUACUCCAUGCCACGGGAAGGUUCAACCAGCAAGCAAGUUCCACCCAAUGAUACUGAAGGAGACCCUCUGAUGAACAUGCUGAUGAGAUUGCAAGAGGCAGCCAACUACUCAAGCCCCCAGAGCUACGACAGUGACUCCAACAGCAAUAGCCAUCACGAUGACAUCCUUGACUCAUCCCUGGAAUCAACAUUGUGAUACAAGUCCAGCGGAAAGGAUUGCUUCCUGCCUUGCUUAGAACAUCUGAUUGCCAACUCAUGAGGCUAAAUGGUCUUUUGUCUAGAUGCACAUCUCAGUAUUAGAGCGGCAAGAACAAUACAAACUUAUUCCACCCACACUCCCAGUCAGUUUCAUAGAUGGGUGCAGGCAACCCAGAUGAUGUUUUUGUAUUGUGCUUUUAUUAUUAUUUUCCCUUUCUUAAUAAUAAGAACUGCACUACUUUAUUUUUGUUCUUUUGAUGUUGCUGUGAGUUCACAUGCCUAAGACACUGAAUACCUGUAUUUUUUCAUAAAAACAAUAUUAGACUUAGUAAUUUGGGGGUGGGGGAAAGAAAAGAAAAUGCUUGCCUUCAGAGCUAAGAAACAAAAUAGCAUUUGUGCCAUGUACUGUCUAGAAAGGAAGGAAAGGGGGUGGACCUUGCCUAUGCUGCUUCUGACCAAACUAAUUCAGCCAUUACUGAAUUUUUGUAAGCCAUCUUUGCAGGCCAACCUUAGCUACAGAUAGUACUGGUGCUAUAGCAGAACUGCUUGCCUUGGUAGUAAAGUUCCAUAAAAGGCAAGGAACUGCAACACAGGAAAAUCAGAAAUAUUCAAAUAUGAGUACAUAGAAAAAUAUAAACUAUUCUUCUUGCCACUUUUGGACCCUGUUUAUAUUUCAGAAAUUAUUUUAUUUAAAUUAGACACCCAGCCCCUUGUCAAACUGCCUUUGUAUUCUGUUUUAG